GGGACACGCGCCCGAGCGACUGUCCCCACGCGCGGGCAGGAGCGACCCGAGCCGUGUCGGCCAACCCCCAGGAUGGCGGAAGCGCACCAGGCCGUGGCCUUCCAGUUCACAGUGACCCCAGAAGGGGUCGACUUCCGGCUCAGUCGGGCGGCCCUGAAACAAGUCUACCUGUCCGGGGUCAACUCCUGGAAGAAACGCCUGAUUCGAAUCAAGAAUGGCAUCCUCAGGGGUGUGUACCCCGGCAGCCCCACCAGCUGGCUGGUCAUCGUCAUGGCAACAGUGGGUUCCUCCUACUGCAAGGUGGACAUCUCCAUGGGGCUGGUCUGUUAUAUCCAGAGAUACCUCCCUGAGGGCAGCAGAAGCCCCUACCAGACCCCGCAGACCCGGGCGCUGCUCAGCAUGGUCGUUUUCUCCACCGGGGUCUGGAUCGUGGGCAUCGUCUUCUUCCGCCAAGCGCUGAGGCUGCUCCUCUCCUACCACGGCUGGAUGUUCGAGAUGCACCGCCGGACCAGCCGCCUCACCAAAGCCUGGGCUAUCUGCGUGCGCCUCCUGUCCAGCCGGCGGCCCAUGCUCUACAGCUUCCAGACCUCCCUGCCUAAGCUCCCUGUGCCCACCGUGCCAGCCACCAUCCAGCGGUACCUGGAGUCUGUGCGCCCCUUGUUGGACGAAGAGGGCUACUACCACGUGGAGACACUGGCCAAGGAGUUCCAGGACAAGACGGCCCCCAGGCUGCAGAAGUACCUGGUGUUCAAGUCGUGGUGGGCAACGAACUACGUGAGCGACUGGUGGGAAGAGUACAUCUACCUCCGCGCCAGGAGCCCCCUCAUGGUGAACAGCAACUACUACGCCAUGGACUUUGUGCUCGUCAAGAACACGGAGGUGCAGGCCGCCCGCCUGGGCAACGUUGUACAUGCCAUGAUCCAGUACCGCCGGAAGCUGGAUCGCGAAGAGAUCAAGCCUGUGAUGGCCAUGGGCAUCGUGCCCAUGUGCUCCUUCCAGAUGGAGAGGAUGUUCAACACCACCCGGAUCCCGGGCAAGGAGACAGAUGUGCUGCAGCACCUGUCGGACAGCAGGCACAUUGCCGUCUACCACAAGGGCCGCUUCUUCAAAGUGUGGCUGUACGAGGGCUCGCACCUGCUCAAGCCUCGGGACCUGGAGAUGCAGUUCCAGAGGAUCCUGGAUGACCACUCCGCACCCCAGCCAGGGGAGGAGAGGCUGGCAGCCCUGACCGCCGUGGGAAGGACAGAGUGGGCCCAGGUGCGCCAGGCCUUCCUCAGCUCUGGCAGGAACAAGGCCGCUCUGGAGGCCAUCGAGCGGGCCGCUUUCUUUGUGGCUUUGGAUGAGGAGUCCCACGGCUAUGACCCUGAGAACGAGGCCAGCCUCAGCCUCUAUGGCAAGGCCCUGCUGCACGGAAACUGCUGCAACAGGUGGUUUGACAAGUCCUUCACCCUCGUCGCCUUCAAGAACGGCCAGCUGGGUCUCAACACAGAGCACGCCUGGGCGGAUGCCCCGAUCAUGGGACACCUCUGGGAGUUCGUCCUGGCCACAGACGCCUUUCACCUGGGCUACACUGAGACCGGCCACUGCCUGGGCACACCCAGGCCCUCGCUGGUGCCACCUCAGCGGCUGCAGUGGGACCUCCCUGAGCAGUGCCAGGCGGCCAUCGAGCGCGCCUAUCUGGAGGCCAGGGCGCUGGCGGAUGACGUGGAGCUCUACUGCUUCCAGUUCCUGCCUUUUGGCAAGGGCUUCAUCAAGAAGUGCCGCACCAGCCCCGACGCCUUCGUGCAGCUGGCGCUGCAGCUGGCGUACUUCCGGGACAGGGGCGCCUUCUGCCUGACCUAUGAGGCCUCGAUGACGCGGCUGUUCCGGGAGGGCCGGACGGAGACCGUGCGCUCCUGCACCAGCGAGGCCACAGCCUUCGUCCAGGCCAUGGCCAAGGGCCCCCACAUGAGAGCAGACCUCCAAGACCUGUUCAGGAAGGCCUCAGACAAGCACCAGAACAUGUAUCGCCUGGCCAUGACCGGGGCCGGGGUGGACCGGCACCUCUUCUGCCUCUACCUGGUUGCCAAGUAUCUGGGGGUCGACUCCCCUUUCCUGGAUGAGGUACAUGCCGAGCCCUGGCGCCUCUCCACCAGCCAGACUGCCCAGUUCCAGAUUGGCAUGUUUGACCCGGAGCAGCACCCCAAUCACCUGGGCGCCGGAGGAGGCUUUGGCCCUGUAGCAGACGACGGUUACGGGGUUUCCUACAUGAUCGCUGGCGAGAACACCAUGUUCUUCCACGUCUCCAGCAAGUUCUCAAGCUCAGAGACGAACGCCCAGCGCUUUGGGAACCACAUCCGCCAGGCCCUGCUGGACAUCGCCAGUCUGUUCCAAAUUCCCAAGGCUGUCAGCUGAGGGCUGGGCGGUGCCAGCUGCCCUCUCAUCCCCAGACGAGGCGGCAGGCCCGGGGCCACCUGCACACAUGGUGGCGCGCACAGGCUCGGCCUGAGGACAGCUCUGGUGCAGGCUCCUGGGUUGAUUCUGCUCGCCGAGGGCCCAGGAGGUGGAGGGGGUUGGAGCAGGGAGGGGAUUUUGAUUUUUUUUCCUUGCUGGACACAAUUAAAAAUAAGACUGUGGAACUCUUUCUUAGCCCUAAAGAACCUGUAUUAUUUGGGAACUAGAAAGCCUCCCCUGCCCCAGCAGCCAGAGGGUGGCACGGGCAGGGCUGGACGGGCAGACGUGUACUCCGCUGCAAGGCGCAUGACUCCGUGGCCCGUCCUCACCCACACGUGCGCUCGGGAUCAACUCCUGCUUCAGGCCUUCCAACUGUGCCCUGGGCCACUGUGUCUGCAGAGUGACCCCCUCCAUGCCAGGCUUGCCCUCUGCCCGCCGAGGACUGCACAGACCUGGGCCGGCCUCCUGGGCAUG